GGAAAAAUAUUUUUGAUUUUGUUCCGUUUUCGUACUGUAUUAAUAUAUUUGAUAAAAUCAAAAACAAAAACUUGUAAAAAGUUCUAACUAUACUAAUAUUUUAAACAUAAGGAGAUGAAAUAUACUAAAUGUAUCAUAAAUACAAUAUCGUACUAAUAAUUCAAUUAAUGACAUUGUUGAAUUCUUCAAUUGUGCAAUAUGUCCUUUCUUGAAGAAAUGCAGUCGACGAUAUUCGGAAUUUACUAAAACUAUUUGUUGCUUAUAAUUCUAAAGAUACCUAGAUGAUAAUUUUUUAGCAUGAAGGUUCUAACAGGUCAGAGGUCGGUUGGGCAAUAAACAUCUUACUUUCAGUUAAAUUGUAAGCAUUCGGAUUUCAAUAUAAAUAGAGUGGGAUGAGUUAAAAUUUUGUAUACAUUGUGAAGUUAUGAAGUAUAUUAUGAAUAAAUUGAAAUAAAUGAAGGGAUUUUUGCUCUGAGGUUCAACUUUUAAAAUUUCAGCUCCUGGUAAAGUAAUUUUGAACGGGGAACAUUCAGUUGUUUAUGGGAAAUUAGCUAUAGCAGCGAGUAUUGAUUUAAGAACAACUUUUGAAAUAACAGAAAUUAAUAUACCGGAUGUUUUAAUAAUUCAGUGCCGUACUUUGAAAUUCGUUUAUAAAUAUAAUUUAAUGGAUAUUGAAAAUUUUCUUUUAAACGUUCCCCUUCCUUUAUUAAUGGAUGAUAAGGAUUAUAAUUUGGAAUAUCCUCAAUAUUUAGAUCAUGAUAAUUUAUUAAAUCGAGUUGAUAAAUUUUUAAAACGAUUCCAUCAGAUAGAUUUGAUCGAAAAUCAUUUAGUGUCACUUAAAUCAAUUUUUUAUCUUCUUACUGGGAUUAUCGGAACGACUGAUUUACAUUUAACGCCUAUUUUCAUGGAUUGUAGUACAGAUUUAAAUACAGGGUCCGGUUUGGGUAGUUCGGCCUCUUUUGCCGUAGCAACAGCCGCUAGUUUGGUUCAUUACGUUAAAUCGAAAUCAUCGAAUUUAUCGAAAUCUCGUUACAAAACAUCCGAAUGGGAUUUCGAUUUAACGGGAUUCACCGAUAGGGAAUUGAGUUUUAUAUGUCGUUGGGGGUUUUCGGUGGAAAAAAUAAUACACGGUACCCCUUCAGGUUUGGAUAAUACGAUUUGUACGUACGGGGCCGUGGUGGAAUAUAGGAAAGGUGCGAGUCCGAUUAAGGUGAAAAUGCACCGGGCGCUUAAUCUUUUGCUCAUAAAUUCGAAUGUACCGAGAGAAACGAAACGGCUCGUUAUGAAAGUAGGUGAACGACGUAAACGAUUUCCUCUAAUAUUGGAUCAUAUUUUGGACGCAAUGGAUGCAGUAUCGAAAACUGUGUUGGAGAAAAUGGAGCAAUUGUGUACUUUGACGUCUUUGGAUGAUGCAAUGGACGUUUACAACGAUUUAGCCGAUAUCUGGUUCAUGAAUCAAAGUCUUCUCGACGCCAUAGGCGUCGGUCACAAAGAAUUAACCAAAAUAAUUCAAAUUUUAUCAAAUUAUAAUCUCAGCGCUAAAUUAACUGGAGCCGGUGGAGGUGGUUACGCUAUUUGUUUAAUUCCUCCGAAAUUCGAUUCGGAUAUGCUGAAAAAAGCAGUGGCGGAACUGGAAACCCAUGGUUUCGACGUAAUCAACACCAACUUCGGGGUAGAAGGGGUGCGAUUGGAUAAGAAAAUUUGAAACGUGUUUAUCUGGGUUUAAUUCAUAUUUUGUAUUACUUCAAUUGUUUUUUUUAAUAAAAUGUUUCUCUUCAA